AUGCCCUUCGUAGCCAACACACCAGAGUCCCUUGUCAAGCGGACCGAUUCCAAAGACCCCUCCACGACAUGCCGUGGCAUUACCUCCAGCGGACGACCAUGCAGGAAUGCCCUCGCCCCAUCUGACAACCCUGCACCCAAGCCCAAGCCCAAGAAGAAGGGGCGUGCUCUUCCCGACCCUUCCAAUCCGGAUCAUUAUUGCUGGCGGCACAAAGACCAAGCAACCUCUAGCCCAGGGCCUCAGUCAAAUGGGCCGAUUCUUGAUGGCCGGGCGAGCAUCGACACCCUGACUGGCCGGCUUGGUCUCUUGACGACGAACACGUCCCGUCCUGAGAAGCCUUCACGACCGCAUAACAGCUCCGGAUCCUUUGUGCGGCCCUCGAAACCCUCCAAGGAGCUUUCCUUCUGCUGCUUUCGCAUUCCUCUCGAUUUUAUAGAGGAGGAACCAACACCACCUCCCCGGCCUCACUCAUACCCCAUGCAGCCGUCCGGCUCUCCGAAGCCAAGCAAGCCUCCAUCGAGCCAGUACCUCAAACCUACUUCGCCCAAACCGCAAAAGUCAAGCCGACCGAGUCUUUCCAGUCAGACGCCCUCGACUGGUUCUCAGACUUCACAGCUCCUGUCGCUCAUCCCUCAGGAUGCCCCUCCACAGACCGCGUCUCAGUUGAUGGCAGAGCUUGCCAAGCCCUUGUCAAAGGGAGACGAGGCAGGGUACAUCUACAUCUUCUGGCUGCAACCUGAAGAACAACUCUCCUCGCCGCCCACUCAGAACACCCGCGCAUUCCUCGACGAGACCGCCCGCUCGCUGCCUGACACGGAGACAGCCACCCGCUCCAUUCUCGAUCCAUCCUCCCCUGUGCGCCCUACUGGCCAUCAGCGACAACCCAGCGACAUCCUCCGCUCCUUCGCGGACCAAGCCGACUCGAUCGGCACCCGUAGCCCUACCACGACACGGAGCCGCGGGCUCAGUAGCGGCGACGACAAGAAGACGCUGCUCCUGAAGAUCGGGCGCGCGAACAACGUCCAGCGACGGAUGAACGAGUGGAAGCGGCAAUGCGGCUACGACCUGUCGCUGAUCCGUUAUUACCCCUACGUUCAGACCGGCUCCAUAACGGAGCCCAGGAAGAUGCCUCACAGUCACAAGGUCGAGAAGCUCAUUCACAUGGAACUCGAGGGCCUCGGUCUGCGCGUCGCCUCCAGGGGCCCGUGUGAGGCUUGCGGCAGAGAACACAAGGAGUGGUUCGAGGUGGAUGCUUCGAAAAACGGCGUCAUGAGGGUCGACGAGGCUAUCAAGCGGUGGAGUGACUGGGACGAGGGCCGGACGUCUCCUUAA